AUGACGGACGGCGUGCACGAAAACACACCGCAUGUCUACCAGCCUAUCAGUGGCUUGCACAGCAUCAUCCGCGCAAAGACAUUCCAAGUACAGGCCUUAUGUCUCGGCCGCGUCAAUAUGUCGAAGAGUCUUGGCCGAAAAUCGCAGGUCCUUGAUGAUCAUAACAAGUUCCUUGUUGCCAUCGGCAGCAGCAACAUGACACGUGUCGGGCAGCUUGUCAAGGUCUGUCUCAAGAACGGGAUGUUGGUGAAGAAGAUGGGAGAGCAGCUGGCCAAGGCUACGCAAAAGCUGUACAGCCCGAAGAGCUUUGACAAGGCCGAGAAGAGGCUUGCCGUGUUGAUGCUUCAUCUCGCCGGUCCUCGCCUCGUGCAAAUCUAUCAUAAUGCAACAGGCUCACCUUCCACCAGUACACUCCGACGUUUUGCAGCCACUCAUCCUCUACGUGCGUCGGCAGGGUUCCCUACGGUGGAGGAGGUCUGUUACAACAUCAAAAAUACAUUCGCAGGCGAGGGUAACUUGGGACUCACUGAGGAUUCAGCAUCAGCAGCAGAAGAGGUAUAUGGUUACCAGCUGAUGAUCGACAAGAUCAAGGUGGAAGGGCGUCCACGUUGGGACGAGAAGACAAACAGGAUUGUCGGAGUGGCUCGUGAAGAUGCAGACCGGAUCGGGCUGGAGUUCUGUUCUGAGGCAGAGGCGUACACGCUUUGCAGGGCAGUGGCAGAUGGAAAGGUGCGACUGGCUGUGGAGGCGACUGUAGCUGCUAUAGGUUUUCUUGCAGGUGACGCUCGGUCUCACGCCGCCCGGCCUAUUCUUGUCUCAGGAACGUGUAAAGCAGAAGAUGCGCCGACUCAUGCAACACUCAUUCAAACCGUCAUUGAUGCAUGCACGCGCGAGAAAGUUCCAGGCCGAUUGUAUAGCAUUGCCUCUGAUGGUGAAGCAUGCCGCGGAGCGGCCCUUGUCAUCCUCACGCACAAACACAAAUUGCCAACAUCAUCGCCAAUCUAUUCAUAUGUCGGUAAGCUACCACUCAUGAAUACUUUGGUGGGCGACAACGAUAUCACGUCCGACAAGGACUGGAAGCACGUCAUCAUGAAGUGUGUGCGCUGUGCUAUACUCCGGGACAAGGGGAUCUCUGUUUAUGGCUUUACUAUCACUCCUGAGAUAUUCAGCUGGCAUCUUUGCUCAAAUGAUCUAGCACCCGACCAAGUAGAGCACCUGAUGAACCCGAAUGAUAAGCAAGACGUCCUCUUGGCGAUAUCCUUGCUCAAGGAGAUAUGGGAGCUUCCUGAAACAUCUAGCUCACGUCCAACUGUCAUUGCCGCACGGAAGCAUAUCCGUAUCUUCGGCGACUUUCUCAGGCACCUCAUUACCCCUUACAUGGAUCUUGAUAUGUCCCUUUCUGACCAGCUGUCGCAUCUCAGCGCGGCUGCCCAUCUUGCCUGCAGUCUCUAUACAUACCCAGGGGGUGGGACCGCGUUCUUGCCAAAGCAAUUGUACACAGACAUCCAAAUCCUUAUCAAGAAUGUGUUCUUUUGCGUUGCAAAAGCGAAGGUGGACCGGCCUCUCGGAAACUUCUAUAUCAUUAUGCUCGGGACCAAUCGUCUUGAGAUCUCCUUUGGAAUCUACCGCACAAUAAUCGGUAAUGACGCCAAUGCAGAUAUUAUUCAGCUUGUCCAUCGCAUCGCACACGUCAUCCAGUCAUCACAGAUACUCGCCGAAUACCCAGAGUGGGAUAGUACCCCCCGUCGGCUUAGAUUACCAGGUCUCUCCAGCGACAUUGAACUUUCGGCAAAGAUCGACCAUGUCAAUCCGGCCUCUUGGCGCGGCGACGUCUGCUUGCUGCAUGUCCUUCCCAUCACUCCGUGGAGCCAGGGU